GGCUUACUAAGGGAUUUUUGAGAUAUAAAUAAUUAUUUUGAACCCAAUGGAUUGACUGGAGAAAAGUUUGGAGAUUAAGGUGACCAAGAAGAGUGGAAAACUUAGGUCUAAGGAGUAUAGAGAGCGUAAGAAGGAUUAUAUUCGAAAUUUGGAGGAGAGGGUACAGAAACUUGAAGCUGAGAUUUUUGAGGUGAAGUUAGAAAAUAAUAAAUUGAGAGACAAAGCAAAAGAAGAGCAGAAAUCUGAGCAAGCAAUACACAAACCUCACUUCAAAAGCAGACUUCAUGAAUAUGAGAGUUAUGUAUUUGAUAACCUGUAUCCUAAACUCAAGAAAAACUCAUCGGAAAUAAGAUUUUCAACUUUCCAACAAGCUUUCACACAAGUAGCUGAUUACUCUGAUAACAGGAAGGAAUACAUCAAGUCAUGCUUUCAAGAAAUCUAUGACAACAUUAUUUUCGCAGAGACUAAGGUCUUUCAUUUCGUUCUUGAUAAAAUGGGAGUGUCUACUUGGCUUCAGAAAGCUAAGGCAAAGAAAAGAUUAAUCAAGCAGGAGCUCAAAGAAAAUGCUACGCCAGAGGAAGCUCUUCUGGGCUAUAGAUUCAGUAAACCAAUAAUGGAUUAUGUUGAAAAAGAGAAAUCUAAACUUUCUAAAUACAGAAAAGGAAUCAAAAAGCUAGUAAAAGAACUCUCUUCUUUACAAAAGAGACUCUUCUCUUUAUACGAAGACUUCAAACUCACCCAAGAAAACUCAAAAUCCUACUGGCUAUACACCAAAGAAGACAUCAAGAUCGUAUUCGAACUAAUCGAAAGAUUCAAAGACUCUCCAUACUUAUCCAGCAAGAACCUCUGGGGAGUCUAGAUCAGUAAUCUAAGACUUC